AGCAGCGAGCAGCAGGUGCCGCAGACGCUCAGUGCGAACAAACCGUCCGCCGGCCACAGUGCGCGCGCAGGUGAGAGGCAGCAGCUCCGGUGACAAACAGACAGGCGGGAUUCAGCGGCCCGGUACCGGCUGCCAGCUGAGGACAGGUGGGGUUCACGUGGUUGUUGUCCAGCCUUGUGUGGAGCUGUUUGGAUGAAUCUGGAGCUGGAUCGUGCACGAUGCUGAGCGCCGUUAAAAUGGAGGGACACGAGCAUCCGGACUGGAGCAGCAGCUACUACUACGCAGAGCCCGAGUGUUACCCCCCAGCGGCCAACAUGAACUCCAUGAGCACCUACAUGGGCACGCCUGGCAUGACGGGCACCGGCCACAUGAACGCGCAUUACGUGAGCCACCCGGUCGGGGUGAGCGGCUCUUCUGUGGCCUCCGGAAUGACGCAGAGCGCCGGAGCCGCCGCGCUGCCGCCCAGCAUGAGCUCCAUGAGCCCGCCGCCGUACGGGAACGUGCCGGUGAUGAGCCCGGUGUACGGACAGGCCUGCGCCAUCAGACCACGGGAGUCCAAGGCCUACCGGCGCAGCUACACGCACGCCAAGCCGCCGUACUCGUACAUCUCCCUGAUCACCAUGGCGAUCCAGCAGUCCGGCAGCAAGAUGCUGACGCUCAACGAGAUCUACCAGUGGAUCAUGGACCUGUUCCCGUUCUACCGGCAAAACCAGCAGCGCUGGCAGAACUCCAUCCGCCACUCGCUCUCCUUCAACGACUGCUUCAUCAAGGUGCCGCGCGCGCCUGACAAGCCGGGGAAGGGCUCGUUCUGGACGCUGCACCCGGACUCCGGGAACAUGUUCGAGAACGGCUGCUACCUGCGGCGGCAGAAGCGCUUUAAGUGCGGGAAGAAGGCGGACAGCGAGCCGGGCUGUGAGGCCGGAGCGCCGGGCAGAAGCUCGGACUCCCCGCCUUCCUCCUCAUCCUCCUCCUCAUCGUCACCUCCGUCCUCUGACGGAAAGGGCGCCGACCUCAAACCCCACCGGGGAGAACCGCCAGCCUCAAGCCCCGUGCGCGUGCCCUCCCCGCUCACGCACACGCAGCACCUGCUCUCGCACCACCCGCACCCGCUGCUGCUGCACGAGGCCGCGCACCUGAAAACGGACCCCUACCACACCCACUACUCCUUCAACCACCCAUUCUCCAUCAACAACCUCAUGUCGGAGCCGCAGCACCACAAGCUGGAGCCGGUGGUGCAGUACGGAGGUUACGGCUGCCCCGUGUCCGGGGCUCUGAUGGCGGCCAAACCCGGCCUGGAGCCCGCGCACAGCGACAGCGGGUACUAUCACGGCGUGUACGGCAGGCCCAUAAUGAACUCCUCCUGAGGCCCCGCCGGACUCCUCACUGCAAAAACUCUGAUCUGUACAUUUGUAAAUGUGAUAAAGGGCCAUUCCCCUGUUUUUCAUCCAUCUGAUAAAAAGCUUCAUAUGAAAUCUUUGUUGUGUCGUUUUUAUUCAACUGAAGGUUCACAAAGGUUAAACCGGACAGGACACCGGGGCCCAGUCAAGCAGCAAAAAAUUACUUAUAAGGUUUGUGUUCCCUUAAAUUUGACCUCUUUGUGUGUCUUUCGUCCACAUAUAUCUAAGCACAACAGAGUAACACAACUGACAAAGAGGAAGGAGACCAGAGGUGUGCCAGGACUCUGUUAAACAGAAUUUUUAAAAACCUUCCACCCAUGUAACAUCAGAUACUUUCAAGCUAUUCUGUGGAUGACUUUAGGAAAACCUCUCCAUAAAGAUUCAAGAACUCAAUGAAUCCAUCUUUCUCACUUUGAGGGCUCUUUAAGGAACAUUUAAAGACGAUUUUAUGUGGAGAAGAUUACUAGGAGCUCACAACAUCCUGGAUGAUCCUUUGUAAAUGCCAGUGGAGGCCUGCACACAUGCAUUUAUACUUUCCUGCAUUGAGGUUGUAUAUUUUUUUAAUGUAUUUUUUCCACUCCACUUAUGACUUACAAUUGUAUAAUUCUUCAUCAUUAGUCCAACAUAUUAUUUAAAAAUCUCAGUAUUUACAUAAAAUUGAGAAUAAAUAAAUGUUCUACAGGUUCUGGAAGACAAAGCAGGAGCUCAGUGUUCCUGCUUUGGCAUACAAAGUCGUUUUGAAAGGUAAAAAAAAAUUCUUGAGAUUCUUGUUUCACAUGAGUGUCUUCCUGAAGAAGUUGGCUCUGGCUCAUCAAACAUUUGUGCUCAGAAGUCUGUAACAGAUGAUCCCGGCAUACCUACAGAUAUAACAUACACAAAUGUACUCCUCAGGGGUGUGUAACAUCUUAGGUUUUCCCUAAAAUGUGCUGCCGUUCCAGGAGUGGUGAUGACACAGGUGUGAAAAUUAAAAGUAAAGAUUCACAGUGGAGCUUCUUUUAAUUCCGAAGUAUGAGUGGAAAUGUUUUGUCCUUUUGUAGCUCCAGA